GAGAUCUGCCUCACCAAUUCCAACCCUACAGAGAAAGCUCAUGGAGCCUGGAACACCAAGAGCCAACCCUUGGAGGACGAGAAGACUCCAUCUGUGUCUGUAGAGCUCUGCCCCAGCCUCCUCACCAUGGCACGUGGUUUCACAGUGGGCUUUGACCCUUUGGGUCUAGGAGAACUCAGCUCUGGCUCCCUGAGCUCCCUCUCCUCCCGAGGACACCUGGGCAGCGACUCAGGCUCCACAGCAACACGAUACCUGCUGAGGAAGCAGCAGCGCCUGCUGAAUGGGCCCCCCCGCGGAAUCCGAGCCUCAUCACCCAUGGGCCGAGUCAUACUCAUCAACUCCCCCAUCGAAGCUAACAGUGAUGAAAGUGAUGUCAUCCACGCUGUUCGGGUGGAGAAGAGCCCCUCUGGGAGGCUGGGUUUCAGUGUGAGAGGUGGCUCCGAGCACGGCCUGGGCAUCUUUGUCAGCAAGGUGGAGGAGGGGAGCAGUGCAGAGCGGGCUGGCCUGUGUGUGGGGGACAAGAUCACAGAGGUGAACGGGCUGAGUCUAGAGAGCACCACAAUGGGCAGUGCUGUGAGGCUGUUGACCAGUAGCAGCUGCCUGCACAUGAUGGUGCGGCGUAUGGGCCGCGUGCCUGGCAUCAAGUUCUCCAAGGAGAAGACCACAUGGGUGGAUGUAGUGAACCGGCGCCUGGUGGUGGAGAAGUGCAGCUCAACACCAUCGGACGUCAGCUCAGAGGAUGGUGUGCGGCGCAUCGUCCACCUGUAUACAACCUCCGAUGACUUCUGCCUGGGCUUCAACAUCCGCGGGGGCAAGGAGUUUGGCCUGGGCAUCUAUGUGUCCAAAGUGGACCAUGGUGGACUGGCUGAGGAGAAUGGCAUCAAAGUGGGGGACCAGGUCCUGGCGGCCAACGGUGUCAGGUUCGAUGACAUCAGCCACAGCCAGGCCGUGGAGGUGCUGAAGGGCCAGACGCACAUAAUGUUGACCAUCAAGGAGACUGGCCGGUACCCUGCCUACAAAGAGAUGGUUUCUGAGUACUGCUGGCUGGAUAGACUGAGCAAUGGCGUGCUGCAGCAGCUGUCACCAGCUUCCGAGAGUGGUUCCAGUGUCUCCUCCUGUGCCUCCAGUGCCCCUUGCAGCUCGGGCUCACUGCCCUCUGACCGCAUGGAUGUCUGUCUGGGGCCUGAGGAACCCAUUGGCCAUGGUCCAGGCUGGGGGCGGGCAGACACAGCCAUGCAGACUGAGCCUGAUACGGGCAGCUGUGUGGAAACUUGGUGCAGCGUCCGGCCAACCGUUAUCCUCAGGGACACAGCCAUCCGCUCUGAUGGCCCAUUGGCUACCCGACGCCUUGAUUCUGCACUUUCGGAGUCCCCCAAGACUGCUCUCCUGCUGGCCCUCAGCCGACCCAGGCCUCCCAUCACGCGAUCCCAGAGCCACCUAACACUGUGGGAGGAGAAGAAACAGCGGAAGAAGGAGAAGUCAGGAUUCCUUGGGGACAAGGGGGCCUUGCAGCGCUCCAAGACGCUGAUGAACCUCUUCUUCAAGGGAGGGCGGCAGGGGCGGCCAGCAGGGGAUGGGCACAGAGAAGCCUGGACACUGGACAGCAGAAGCCCAACCAAAGUCCGCCCUCGCCUGGACCUGGAGAAAGUAGGGAGUGUGGGGCCUGUGCAGAAGUUUGUCACCUGGAGACUGAGACGAGACCGGGAGCGGGGCCGGGCCCUGCUGUCUGCCAGGUCUGGAAGCCCCUCUGGCCAGGUGGCCAGCGUGGAUGAGCAGGUGCAAGCCUGGGAAAGUCGACGCCCCCUCAUUCAGGACCUGGCCCGCCGGCUGCUGACUGAUGAUGAGGUGCUAGCAGUCACCCGCCACUGCUCCAGGUAUGUCCAUGAGGGUAGCGUGGAGGACCUAGUGCGCCCCCUGCUGGCCAUCUUGGACAGGCCGGAGAAGCUGCUCCUGCUGAGGGACAUCAGGAGUGUGGUGGCCCCCACAGACCUCGGCCGCUUUGACAGUAUGGUGAUGCCCGUGGAGUUGGAGGCUUAUGAGGUUCUCAAGAGCAGGGCAGUGCGGCCUUCUGCUUUGAGACCUACAAGGCAAGACACGCCUCCCAAGCGUCACCUCAUCACCCCUGUGCCUGACAGUCGUGGAGGCUUCUAUUUGCUGCCAGCAAACGGCUCAGAGGAUGACGAUGGAGAGAUAAGGGAGAGACUUGGGGGCCUUAAGGUUUCCCAUAGUGCCUCUGCCCCCCGCCACCACCAUAAAGGAAUCCCCCCUCUACAAGAUGUGCCAGUGGACGCCUUCUCAACUCGCCGUGCGUGUACGCCUCCUCCCCAACCACCUCCUGUGGCUCCCCGGCCUCCCAGGCCUAACUGGCUACUGACAGAAGCCCCGAGUCGAGAGGACACACAGCAGAACCAGAGCCAGACGCCAGCCCUAAGCCACAGCCACAGCCGCAGCCGCAGCCGCAGCCGAUGCCGAGGCAAGUCUCCUGGGCGCAGACGCUCCCCUUCCCCAGCACCCGUCACUACUGCCACCACAGCCAACGGGCGUUACCACAGGCCUCGGAAGGCAAGGCCCUUGCUUCCACGACCUCUGGAUGGGCAGGUGGCCAAGGCGAGAGCCAGGCAAGGGGCCUUGGAGAAUGGAAUUGGUGAACCAGCUGAGGAAGCGAGCAGGAGUGCCUCUGCUGGAGAGCUGAGGACAGUCACACUUUCUAAGAUGAAGCAGUCUUUGGGCAUCAGCAUCUCUGGGGGCAUCGAGUCCAAGGUGCAGCCCAUGGUGAAGAUAGAGAAAAUCUUUCCAGGAGGCGCCGCUUUCCUCUGUGGGGCCCUGCAGGCUGGCUUGGAGCUGGUGGCAGUCGAUGGAGAAAGCCUGGAACAGGUAACCCACCAGCGAGCCGUGGACACCAUCCGCAGGGCCUAUCGAAACAAGGCUCGGGAGCCCAUGGAACUUGUGGUCAGGGUCCCUGGACCUGGCCUGCUGCCCUUAUCUUCUGACCAGGGCCUUCCUGCUGACAGAUCUUUUGCCCAUGGACCCACUGAUGACACCCCAGUUCCCACCCAGCUACCACCUCCCACUGAGGCCAGGCAACCCCAGCAGGCUCUCAACUCAGCCCUCCAAGCUCCUCUAAGUACCCCUAAAUGCUCCCCUAUUCUUAAAGCUCCCCACCACCCUUCCCACUGACCUCAAGUCGCACUGCCGCC